AAUGUGGGUUUUAGAAUUUAAUUUUGGUUGGUGAGCUUAGCUGACCUCCAGUUGCCGUGUGAGGACUUCUCUGAAAGCCCGGACUCGACCUUUUUGGUCUAGCUUCUCAGGUCUUUCUUCUGGCAAACUGCUAAAUGGGUCUUCUCAGAUCGUUCCUUUCAUUUUGGAUUUUCUCUCAAGGCUAGGACAUACAGUUUGUUUAGUUACACUGUAAUCAUCAAAUUCUGAGUGAUUGUGAGGCUCUCUUCUGCUUCUGGAUCUAUAGUGAGGAUUAUAGUGUUUUACGUUUUUGGAGCUAUGAAGUGCUUUUCAUUCUCCAUUGGAGACAAAAAGGAUGAACAGAAGACGAAUCAGUCAACACUUACAGAUGGUGAAAUGAAGAGAUCUGGUUCCGAAUUAAAUUCCCAAAAUAUUUCUGAUGCCAGCACUGAGUCUUUGAGGCGGAACUCAUACCCUAGUUUCUCUCAAAGACCCAGCAAUCUGAAAAUAUUUACAGUUCCUGAGCUGAAGUCAGCCACAAAGAACUUUAGCCGCUCUGCGAUGUUAGGAGAGGGUGGUUUUGGGUGUGUCUAUAAGGGAUUGAUAAAGAGCUCAGAAGAUCCUUCAGGAAAACUUGAAGUUGCAGUGAAGAAGCUCAGUAAAAGAGGAUUGCAGGGGCACAAGGAAUGGGUUACCGAAGUAAAUGUCCUUGGGGUGGUUGAGCAUCCUAACCUUGUUAAAUUGGUGGGCUACUGUGCUGAAGAUGAUGAAAGGGGAAUCCAAAGGCUUCUUAUAUAUGAAUAUAUGCCUAAUGGAAGUGUAGAGGACCAUAUAUCCUCUCAAUGUGAGAUACCUCUUCCAUGGAACAUGAGAUUGAAAAUAGCUCAAGAUGCUGCUCGUGGCUUAGCAUAUCUACAUGAAGGGAUGGACUUCCAGAUCAUCUUCCGGGAUUUCAAAUCUUCAAAUAUCCUUCUAGAUGACCAGUGGAAUGCGAAGCUAUCAGACUUUGGAAUGGCUAGGUUGGGCCCAACAGAAGGAUUAACUCACGUCUCUACUGCGGUUGUUGGGACAAUGGGAUAUGCAGCACCUGAAUAUCUCCAAACCGGACGUCUUACUUACAAGAAUGAUGUGUGGAGCUAUGGAGUCUUUCUCUAUGAACUUAUAACAGGUAGGCGUCCUAUAGAUAAAAGCCGGCCUAAGAGUGAGCAGAAGCUUUUAGAUUGGGUGAGGCCACACUUAUCAGACUCAAAGAAGUUCAGACUAAUAAUAGACCCUAGGCUCGAAGGGAAAUACCCUCUCAAGUCAGUCCAAAAGCUUGCACUUUUAGCCAACCGGUGCUUGGUCAGAAAUCCAAAGAAUCGGCCUAAGAUGAGCGAGGUUUUGGAUAUGGUGAAUGAAAUUAUGGGGGUACCAACAGAAGCAAAGAGUCCAAAUCCACCCUUGAAGAAUCUGCCAUCAUUGGAAACUUCAGGGAAAAGUGAAGUGAAGAACAAGAGGAGAAUUGUGGAUUUGAAAUCUGGAGAAAGUGGCUGGUUUGCUCGCUUGUUUACACCGAAGCUUCUAAGAACAUGCUGAUCGAAGUAACUCCAUAAAAACAGGACCUUUGCGGCUGAGGCAUGAAUUACAACUAGGAUGAACAACACGACUGUACAAACUCCAGAUACACAUAUCAAGUAAAUAAUGUCUUCCCCCAACUAAAGCUAAAGAGAAAAAUCUGUGAAUAGAGCAGCUCUGGAAGGACGAUUCAGAUACAGUUAAGCUUGGUCAGCUGGUUCUUUUUGCUACUCCAUAGUUGGAAGGUAACAAGAUUUUAUUAGAGAACCACUAUUUAGUGCCAAAGUUUGGGAGUCUUUCCAGAUAGAUAGAGGCUAAUUACUAAAUCUUGACAUGAUAAUUUGUACCUUUUUCUUUUCUUUUUUUUUUUUUUUUUUUCCGAUGUAUCCAAUUAUGUAACAUUUACAGGCUUAUUUGGGGAAAAAAAAUUGCGAAGAAAACGUGUAAAAUGAACAAGUUUUGUUUGAA